CAUCACAAGCUCAGAUGAAAUCCGUCCUUUUUGCUUUGCUUCUCUGUGGUUUCAGGUUUAAAGUAAAUGUGAGAUGUCCUGUUGAUCCAGCUGAUUCCUGUGCCAGCUGCCGUUUCCUGUCUGAGGAGCGAGAAGCAGACUGGCCUGAUGCUGAGAAAGCCUGCAGUGAAUCUGAUGCUAAUUUAGCUUCCAUCCAAAGACAAAGUGAGUACAACUUCAGAGAUGCGAUCUACAAAGGAGCAGGAUCUCACAAACCAACCUGGAUAGGAGGUGCAACGCAGCCAAGGAAGGCGUUUGGCUGUGGAGCGACGGGUCCAGGUUUACGUUCUGGGCCAAAAUGGAGCCGAACAAACACGGAAGAACGGAGCGCUGCAUGCAGAUCAAUGAAUCUGGUUUCCAUGAAGCUUCAGGGGGAGAUAAGAUGAAAACUGCGACUUUCUGCUGUUUCA